AUGAGCCAUGGCCGCGCCGCCCCAGACGCUCCGCCGGCAGCCCCAGGAGGCGUCGGGAUCCCGCCAGGAGGCGCGGAGCCGUCUCCUUCGCCCCUGCCGCGUCAGUCCACUGCGAGGGACAGCAGGAGCGCUCGGUGCCCGUUUCAGUCAUCUGAGAACGAGCUCCGGGGCGGCGGGCUGCAGAGGGGGGCCCCGGGAGACCCCCAGGCCGCCGCCCCGCCACGCCCGGGCCUAAGGCCCAGGCGCCCCGGGGCUCGCCGCCCCUCCCAUCCCCGCCCCCACGUCCUCCGAGGCUGCUUCCUCCCGUUGCCCCCGCCCCGGUGUCCCCCCGCCACCGAGCCCCGCCCCGGUCCCCUCCCUCCGCCCCCUCCCCACUCGCCGCAGGCUCCCAGCCCGGCAGCGAGCCCACCUCCGAGGGGCUCCAUCCCGGACUCCCCCGGCCCGCUCUGCAGUGCCCGCGAAGGCUCCCACCCGCAGCCUCCGUUCGCCCGCGGACGCCGGGCCUCCCAGCCCGCGAAGCAACGGUGGUGGCGGCGGCGACCGGAGAAAGCUCAGAGGAGGCGACGACGAGGGCGGUGCUUAGCGUUGAGGCCCGCGCACGGCUCUCUGGGACUUGGAGUCCUACCGCCCACUCCAGCCCCGGAAGCCUGCUGGCACUGGACUACAAGUCCCGGCAGGCCGCGCGGUGGGGCGGGGAUCGCAUGCGCGCAGCGAGGCUCUCUGGGAGCCCGAGUCCAGCUCCCGAAAGGCUCGGACUGCAUCUCCCGGCUGGCUGCGCGGCGGGUCGGACGGGCCACGUGGUCGUUGUCGCGUCGCGCCCUACCUGCCUCGCCCUCGCGGGCCUCCCGCGUUUGCGAGCGCCGGUUGGGCGUCGUCUCCGACGUGACGGCGGCCGGGCGGCUUCUCCGUUGGGCUCUGCCGUGCGCAGCCCUGGUCCGAGCCCGCCAGCUGAGGCCUGGCGCCCUCCCCGCCUAGCCCUGAGGAUUCACCGCAGCCGCCCAGGCUCUCAGCUUUGUCCUCGUGGGCAGAGAUGCCCCAGCGCUGGCCACACCGCGAAGCACCUGUUUGCACUGAGACCCCGCCUAGGAUCCCGCGCACAAGCCAGGGCGCACCAGGCCUUGGAGAAGCUACUGGCACAGCCCAUCCUUGGGGCGAGUUGCUUCGCUUCUCCUGCCUCAGUUUCCUUACCUGCAAAGGGGUGAUCAUAGGACAUCCUUGGUCACCCCGUUGUGACCUCUCCACCUGGGCUAGAGCGCCGGACGCGCCCAGGACAGUGACUGCUGCUAGAAACCAUCAUGGCACUGGGGUCACCUCCCCAAGGUCAGGGAGGGACUUGCAGAGCCCAAAGCUACCUGAGAUGGAAUUUCACCAUGUUGGCCAGGACGAUGUUGAUUUCUUAACCUCAUGAUCCGCCCACAUCGACCUCAGCCUCCCAAAGUGCUGGCAUUACAGAUGUGAGCCACCACACCCGGCCAAGAAAUCGUACAUUUUCCAGUCUUGAAGGAUUUUGACCUCUGAGCGCCCCACAGGGUGAAUAGCAAAGGAUCUACACCAAGACACAUUGGUAUAAAAUACCAGGAGAGCAAGGAUCAGCAGAAGACCCUAAAAGUUUCCAAAGAGGAAAAUACAGAAUUCCUUCAAGAGAUGAAGAAUCAGAGGGCAUCACUUAGCAGCAGCAGCAUGGGAUGCCAGAAGGCAGUGAAGAAAUACAUUCAAAAUUUAGAGGUGAAACAAUUGUCAACACAGAAUUGGUUAUCAAGUCUAAGGAUGUAAUAAAGACAUUUUCUGAUUUGCAGUACUUGGGAAGGCAAAACGUUUACAAGCAAACACAUCAGCUGUCUGUUGCUGCAUGACAACUCCAAAACUCAGUGGCUAAGAAUAAUUUGUUUUACUCAUGAAUCUGCAGUUUGGACAGGGUCUUGCUGGGGCACCUCAUUUCUGCUUCACCUGGUGCCAGCUGGGGCGUCCUGACUGGAGCUGGAGGAGCCAGGGUGGAGAAAGCUGGUUUCUGUGGCCACACGGUCUGUACUGGUUGAAGGCUGGAGCCCGUCCAGGACUGUGAGCCAGGGGCCUCCGUUCUCACUGGCUUCUGGGGCUUUCUCACAGCGUGGCAGGCAGGAGAGGGGACGAGGACGGUGCCUUAGUCUGCUCAGGCUGCUGUAACAAAACACCAGCCUUGUGGCUUUGACCGUAGACAUUCAUUUCUGACAGUUUUGGAGGCCAGGAAGUCUGACAUUAAGACGCUGGCUGAUUCAGUUCCUGGUGAGGCCCUGUUCCUGGCUUGCAAAUGGCUGUCUUCUGUGUGACCUGACCUGGAGACAGAGAGCUCUCUCUGGUGUUUCUUCAUGAGAGGCUGAUCCUGUUGGAUCAGGGAUCCACCCUUAUGACUUCAUUUAACUUGCAUUAACUCCUUGUAAGCUUUAUCCCCGAGGACUUCAGCAUAUGAAUUUCGGAGUAGGAGAUUCCAAAGGCUGCGCGUGCGUCGCUUCUUAACGACCUGGCAGUUGGUUAGCAUCACCUCCGCGGCAGUCACAGCCCACCCAGAGUUAAGGGGGGAAAGCAUCGAACUCACACUGUGAGACAAGCAUAGAGGAGGGAGGUGAUGUCGAGGCUGUCUCCGGAAAAUACAAAGAUGAGGGAAUUAUCGCUAUCGCAGGCUCAGCAGCCGUGUCUUAGGCUUAAUAAUGUCAUUCCCAGAUGUUGAUUUUCAAUGUUUCCAAUUAUUCUACAGCUAGAAUGUGAAAUUUUCCAUUUUAACCAUGUAGAAGUAAGGCGGAGGCUAGAGAAAUGGCAUCUGGAAGUAGGAGAGGAGAAAGGGCGGCUGCCCUGAAGUCUUAAUUCAGAAAGCGUCAAUCAAGUUUAGUUUUAAACCACUGAGUGCAAGGACAGCAAUGUGGACUACCGCCUGCUCACAAAGGUUUUUGGUUGUUUGUUUUUGAGACGCAUUUUCACUCCUGUCGCACAGGCUGGAGUGCAACGGUGCGACCUCAGCUCACUGCAACCUCCACCUCCCAGGUUCAAGUGAUUCUCCUGCCUCAGCCUCAUGAGUAGCUGGAAUUACAGGUGUUCAUCACCACACCCAGCUAAUUUUUGUAUUUUUAGUAUAGACAGGGUUUUGCCAUGAUAGCCAGCCUGGUCUUGAACUCCUGACCUCAGGUGAUCUACCCGGCCUUGUCCUCCCAAAGUGUAGGGAUCACAGGCAUGAGCCACCGUGCGUGGCAAAGCUAAGGUUUCUGUGGUGUGAGAAUAUAGAGCAUAGGACACUUUGGUGGGUAAAGAAUGUUUUAAAACUCUUAAGUCUACAGUACGUUUACGAAUAUACUGUAUAAUAAUUAAGAGUGAGUACAGCAGGGCACAGUGGCUCACGCCCGUAAUCCCAACACUUUGGGAGGUGGAGGCAGGCAGAUCGUUUGAGGUCAGGAGUUUGAAACCAGCCUGACUAACACAGUGAAACCCGUCUCUUUUUAUUUUUUUUUAUAACCCUCCCCCCAGGAAACCCCUUCUCUACUAAAAAUAUGAAAAAUUAGCUGGGCAUGGUGGCACACAUCUGUAAUCUCAGCUACUCAGGAGGCUGAGGCACAAGAAUCGCUUGAACCCAGGAGGCGGAGGUUGCAGUGAGCCAAGAUCCUGCCACUGCACUCCAGCCCUGGUGAAAGAGCAAGAUUCUGUCUCAAAAAAAAAAAAAAAAGUGAGCACAACUUAUAAACCAUGACUUCUUUCUGCCCCAGCCAUAUUUUGUGAUUUGUCACAGUAUUUGAAAAUGGACUGAAACUUCCCAGAAGAGACACAGAUCACAGUGCCAUCCAUGUACCAGCAGCAUAAAUAAAAACAAAUCCACAUCUAAACUCAACAUGGUGUAGCCAUCCAAUAUCAAGGCUAAAGAGACAAUAUUUUUUAACCAGAGAGGAAUAUAGACUAUGAAAGAACAACAAAGUGAUGGCAGAGACUUCAUCAGGAACUACAGAGCAAGAAAACAAUGCAGUAAUAUCUUUUAAAUACCAAGAGGAAAUAACAUAGAAUUUUACAGCUUUCUAAACUAUCACUUCAGAGUAAAGGCAAGGCCACGCAAAGUGGCUCAUGCCUGUAUUCCUAGCACUUUGGGAGGCUGAGGUGGGCGGGUGCCUUGAACUCAGGAGUUUGCUAUCAGCCUGGGCAGCAUGGCAACACCCCAUCUCCACAAAAAAAUGCAAAAAUGAGCCAGGUGUGGUGAUGCAUGGAAGGCAGAGCUGGGAGGAUCACCUGAGCCAGGGAGGUCAAAAGGCAGUAAGUGGAGAUUGUGCCCCUGCACUCCAGCCUGGGCAACAGAGUGGGACCCUGGCUCAACAGAACAAGAGAGAAAAAAGAGAAACGUCCAUUUACAAUAGCACCAAAAAGAAUAAAAUGCUUCUUACGGAUACAUUUAACAAACACUUGUGAAACUUACAAAUUGAAAACUGCAAAAUGGCCAGGCGCAGGGGUUCACACAUGUAAUCCCAGCACUUUGGGAGGCCGAAGCCGGCAGAUCACCUGCUGUCAGGAGUUUGAGACCAGCCUGACCAGUAUGUUGAAACCCUGUCUCCACUAAAAAUGCAAAAAUUAGCAGAGCAUGGUGGUGCGUGCCUGUAGUCCCAGCUACUCUGGAGACUGAGACAGGAGAAUUGCCUGAACCCAGGAGGCAGAGGCUGCAGUGAGCCGAGAUCGCACCCCUGCCCUCCAGCCUGGGUGACCAGAGUGAGACUCCAUCUCAAAACGCAAGCAUAGGUUAAUCAAAUUCAUUAUCAGAAAUGGACUUCUGAUCUUUGUUUGUUUGUUUGUUUGUGUUUGAUUGUUUGUUUUAGACAAGAGUUUUGCUCCUGUUGCCCAAGCUGGAGUGCAAUCGUGUGAUCUUGGCUUGUGGCAACUUCCACCUCCCAGGUUCAAGUGAUUCUCAUGCCUUAGCCUCCCGAGUAGCUGGGAUUACGGGCAUGCCCAGCCAUGCCCAGCUAAUUUUUGUAUUUUUAGUAGAGAUGGGGUUUCUCAUGUUAGUCAGACUGGUCUCGAACUCUCGACAUCAGGUGAUCCACCUGCCUUAGCCUCCCAAAGUGCUGGGAUUAUAGGAGUGAGCCACUGGGCCAGGCCAUGAUCAACUGAUUUUUUUGUUUUUUUUUUGAGACGGAGUUUC